UUCAGGCGUUCGCUGUCGACAGCCCUCCACGAGACGGACUGGGGGCUUGACAAUGGCUCGGCGCAGGCGCAGUCGGCGAGGGUUCUGCCGGGCUGGGGCGCGUUGACGCGGAGCGGCGGCGGCCAUGGACGACGAGGAGGAGACGUACCGGCUGUGGAAGAUCCGCAAGACCAUCAUGCAGCUCUGCCAUGACCGUGGCUACCUGGUGACCCAGGAUGAGCUGGACCAGACACUGGAAGAGUUCAAGGCCCAGUUUGGGGACAAGCCGAGUGAAGGGCGGCCACGGCGCACAGACCUCACGGUGCUGGUGGCCCACAACGACGACCCCACUGACCAGAUGUUCGUCUUCUUUCCAGCCUGGAAAGAGAGCACACCCCCCCCCCUUUCACUGCAGACGACGACAUUGAUCUCUGACUUCUCUGAGCACUUUUUCCAGCUUCCUUCUCCUCGAUCCCCUUCCCCAGUUUUUCUUCCUCGGCUGUGUUCUCCACCAGGAUCGUCACAGGCCUCCCAGGGGGGCCCCCAGACCCCUCAUGACCUGAGACUCACCUGUGUCCUGUCUGGCCCCCACCCAUCAGCCCAGCCUCCAAUCUCCCAAGCCUCCCGUUCCCUGCAGCCCCUUCCUGUGCUGCUGCAGGGUUCUGGCCCCGUCCCGGGCCCCGUCCGUGCCCCUCGCCGAGCUCGGGUGCCACCUCUUCCAGGUCGAGCGAAGAGCCCACCAAAGGGUGUCCUGGGCCCCCUGUGUCCCUCUGUCUUAGCACCUGCUCCACUGAGGCAGCCCGACUCUAAGGCACAUAAGGGUCGGGAGGCCGUGUUGUGGGGUGAGCACUUGGGGGCCUAGCCCACUGCCUGGAAUCAAGGGGGGUGGCACACGUUUACAGAAUGGGCCCAGCUGGUGCUUUGACAGGAAGCGUCCCCGUGUGUGAGGCGUGGUUAUUGGAGGCAUUGGUGCUUAACCGCCUGCGUCCCUGUGGCGCUGUCUCAGCCUCCUGAGACUGGGGGCGUCCGUGUUCUCCCGUGGGCCAUAGCUCAGGACUGGGGUUCCUGCCGUGUUGGUCCACACAGCAUCCCCGACCUGGCGGCUUGAGCGUCCACGACCGCUCCGCUCCCAGCGCCGGAGGCACGAAGUCUGAUGCCAGGUAUCAGCGGGGCUGGUGGUCUGUGAGGUGUCUCCUGGCGUGUGGGUGGCCGCCUUCUCCCUGUGUCCUCACACGGCCGCUUGCUCUUUGCGUCUGUGUCUUCGUGUCCUAGAAGGACAGCAGUUGGUUGGAUUCGGGUCUGCCCCGAUGACCUCGCGUAAAUUUAGCGUUGUUUCCAAGUGCAGUCACGUUCGAGGUAUUGGGGGUUGGGACUCUAACGUAAGGGCUCGGGGGGGACACGACUCAGCCCACGAUACUGCCCGUCGGUGGAGCGAGGGUCUCAGGAGGGUGCCAUGAUGGGGCAGCGGGCAGGGGCCUGGCCGGGAGCCCCACGUGGGUCCUGGCACCAGGGGCUGCCCGUCUGCUGGGCUCCUGGAGCCCAGAGGUCCCAUAGCGGCAGGCUCUGGGCCUGUGCGCCGUGGUGACCCGGCACCCCACCGGCAGUGCAGGGACGGGAGGUAGUCUCCGUGGUGGGACGUCGGGCUCCCGUAGACCAGACGAAGCGCUUGACGUGGGCGUUCCCAAACCCUGGAACCACUGAGGCCCCGGACCACAUGAGUCCCAGAUCCUACUUCCAGGAAGGGGUCCAGUAAGUCCGGGGUGCCAGGCCCCUUUCAGCUCCCCAGGUGACGUGGAGGCGGCCAGCCCCCUGCUCUGGGAGCCAGCAGCCAGGUUCCUGUCGUGCGUGUGGGGAAGCUGAGGCCUCAGAGAGAAGGGGCCGUUCCGGAGUGGCACAGGGACCCCUCGGCAAGGCAGAGCUAGCACCCGGGUGCCCGAGAGGGCGAGGGAGCCGGGCCCGCACGGCGAGAGGGGCCCCGGCAGUGCAGACCGCCGUGCGUUCUGU